GCCAGUCAGAAACGAUUCGACUCCCGCCAAAGUCGCAAGUCGUCCGGUAAUUAGUUAGCUUCUGAAUCUUGUGCAGUAUAGUCGAGAAAUUGCUACUAAAUCGCAGUUCUUGAGAAUUUUUCCAUACAACCCCCAGUUGAACUUUCUUGGUGUUGAUAAGGAAGAUUUUUUGGAGGAAAUUUUUAGGAGUUUUUGUGAAGGAAAAGUAGAAAGAAAAAUCUGAGUGAAAUACCGCCGAGAACCAGUGAAGUGAAAAAUUGUUUGUUGAUUUUUUUUCUGUUAACUUGAGAUGAGGUUCAUCGAAGAUACUAUUUAGUAAACUUUUCAGGAUGUUUAGUAAAUAAAUUGUCGCAAAGUGGCAGUAAUAAAAUAAAUUGUGAAGAAUCUGAGCGCCAAAGAAAGUGAAUGAGGAGAAGUUAUAAUUGUUUGUUGUGUUAUUUUCAAAAACAUAUUAAUUUUCCUCAGUCGGAUGAGUGAUGAUUAUUCCUUAAGAGAUAUCCCUUAUCACCUCACACUUCCAGUAAGUGAACAAUUUGUGCGGAUUUAAGUGCAAAAUUCCUUCCAAAGAUUGGAAUUUGAGGAUUUAGUGCGUAGAAAUGAGUGUUUCAUUUGAUUUUUCUCCUAAACCAGUGCCAAUGUCGUCAAAUGUUGAUUUAACUCCACUGGAUAGCUCAGUGCCAUCCUAUUCGGAUAAGUGGUCCCUGAAUAUUCUUCCUGUCCCAAAAAUAAAGUACGAGCAUUUAUCGAGUAUCGCCCAUCAUCUAGCCUCCCCCUAUGAUCAUGUGAAAGCCCCCUCGCCGAUUCCCACCGUCAUCCAGAGGCCUCAGGAUGUGGCAACUUCCACCCAGAUCCCUUCAAAGAAUGAAGAAGUGUCGUCGAAUUUGGGACCAGAAGACAAUCCAUCAACAGCUGUUUGUUCAGCUACAACAACUACAACAACAUCUUCAACGUCAGAUGCACGAUAUCAAUCAACAGAAACCAAACCACCCUACAGCUACGUGGCUCUUAUUGUUAUGGCAAUUCAGAACUCCCCUGGAAAGAGAGCCACCCUAAGUGACAUAUACAAUUUCAUCAUGAAUACCUAUCCCUACUACAAGAAGAACAUUAAGGGCUGGCAGAAUUCCAUCAGGCAUAACCUGAGUCUCAAUGAGUGCUUCGUGAGGAUCCCCAGGGAAGGUGGAAGCGAAAGGAAAGGUAGCUGGUGGACCGUGAACAGGGACUGUGAGGAUAUGUUUGAAAAGGGAAACUACAGACGCCGUCGCCGGAUGAAGCGUCCCUCAUAUCGCAAUACUGGGCCAGCCUACCCUAAACUCUACAAAACCGAUCCCUAUCCAGGCAACUUAGGCACCAGAGCCAUCUAUCCACAGGCCCCAUAUGCCACUUUUCCGCGUUACGACACCACAGGAGCAGCCUGUGGCAGUUGGAUGCCACCUUCGCAGAUUCCAAACUAUUCCCCAUGCGCCUCACGACCGAGCUACUCCUACGGUCAGGAUAUUUUUAUGGAUUUUCAGCUGCAACAGCCUGUACAAUCCGUCGGCAUCAAUUCCUACAGCCCUCUGGCCAAUAAUAUUGCAGUUUCCGGAAGCUCCUCACCAAAUCCCUGUACUCGACGAUUCGACACAACUCCCUAUCCUUACUGGACGGAAACGCCAUUAGCUCUGCCCCAUGCGGCUCAUCCGAUAAAAGAGGAGUGCAUCAGUCCCGUGAGCCAAAUGAACGUGACUUCCACGCAGCAAACUUAUCAAAAGAAUUACUUGCCUCAGCCAUAAAAUUAGGAACUUCCAGUCAAGAAUUGCGCAACAAAGAAUUCAGAAUUUCAAGAAAUUCAAGUGCCCGAGGAUAAAAAUUUCUCCCUCAUGAACUAAUUAAUCAAUCAAUCUUUCCAAAAUCGUCUUAUUUUUAAUGCUCCAUUUCACAGUCUUAAUUGGUUGUCUUCUAAAAUGAUCUUCUUCUAAAAAGAAUAUAUAUAUAUAACGUGACUUCUGUGAUAGAGAAUAUUAUUUUUAGGAAUCGAUAAUGUGCGUGAAAUUUUGUGAAUUUAUCUCCGGAAGAUGUGGGCACACCUGUUUUCAGCCAAUUCUCAAAUUUUUCCGUCCAGAAAAUCUUUGUAAUUUUCGUGCAGAAGCGAGUAAAACAUUAAAGAAAAAAAUGGCACAAAAAUUGUCCAAUCGCGUCUUUUACCCAAAAUUUUUUGUUACAAAAAUAUUUAAAAUAUAUUAUGUAUCUAUCAAUGAGGAGAAAAUGUGUAGAUAAAUAAAGAAAUUGAAGCAAAA